GCAAGACGCGGCGCGGCACUGUUUUGGGGGCCCUAGCCGCCCAAAUCGGUGGCAGAAUUGCUGUUCGCGUAUCGCUGCGUUCGCACGCAGCCGCGCCGCGCCCCACGCACUCCUGUGGCCGAGGGCUCCGCCUCUCCUCACCUCACUGCUCAGCCGCCGCGCAGCGUACGCCGCGUGACGCCGCCGCUGCGCAGAAACCAUGGGCUUCGGCGCCGGCGACAUCAAGGACAAGUUCCGGACCUACGACGGCGACGCCGACAAAAGGUUGAGAAAAAAAUUAGAGAAAAGCGGCAAGUUCGACGAGUCCUUCAAAACGCCCGUACGCAUCUCGGCGUCCCGUCGUGUGGAGGUGCCUUCACUUCACUGAUACGACUCGUAUCUAACACACGAUGACGUGGGUGGUUUCUUUUUCGAAUUUGAGCGCGUUUCGGGCGAGAUCGCGACCCGUCACACACAGGUACGAAUAGAAAAAAUAAAUGUCGAGGUCAUGGGCCGCUGGGUGUCUGAAAGACUAGCGGAGUUAUUGGGCUUCGAGGACGACGUGCUGUCCGAACUCGUGAUGAACAUGUGCGUUCUCGGCGUCCCGUUGAUGCCAAUUCAUGAAGAUCGCGGUGCUGCGGCGCCGUCACGCCGUCGACGCGACUCGUGUCCAUCAGACGAGGUCGUGGGUGGUCUCUUUUUCGAUUUUGGGGCCGUUUGGACCGAUUUGACGGAAAUGCUCCGCGCAGGCUCGCGCAGACGCGCGACGCGAAGACGGGCCAGGACAAGCGCGUCGACCCCCAACAAUUGCAGGUCCAGCUCACGGGAUUCUUGAAUAAGCAGGCCCAGCCCUUCGUGGCGGAGCUCUGGAAACUGCUGCUGGACGCCCAGGAUUCUCCUCACGGCAUUCCGCGGGCCUUCGUGGAACGAAAAAAGAAGGAGCUCGUGGCGCGGCGGGAGGGCGGCGAGCGCGACCGCGGCGGCUUUUCCAAGCGCGACGACGGGCGCGGCGACGACAAGCGCGGCGACCGCCGCGCGCGGAGCCGGAGUCGGAGUCGGGAGCGCGGCGGCGGCGGCCGCGACCGCGAGGCCGCGCAACGGAGCGUCGUGCGCGCGGCAUCAAACCGCGGCCGGAGCCGGAGCCGGAGCCGCGAGCGCAGCCGGCGGGGCGCGUCGUCGCCGGAGCGGCGGCCACGCAAGCGCAGCGGCUUUUCCUCGGCUCCGGCGGCCCCGGCGCCCGCGCCCGCGCCCGCGCCCGCGAAGGAGGAGUCACCACCCGCGUGGAACUCAACCAGAGGGCCUUCGACCACCUCUACGCCAUCGAGCGGGCGCUUGACCGUCGAUCGCUCCCCACAGGCCGCCGCCGGGCAAGCCCGCCUUACCCGCGCCCUGGCGCUGGAAGGAGUCGCGAAGCACGCCGGGCGACUACUACUGCAUUAAUGAAAAGACGGGGGAAAGACGGUGGCAGGCGCCCUCUGAAUCAAAGCCCAAGAGGAGUGACGACAAAAUUACGGUCGUCCACUGUUUGCUCAAGCACGCCGAUUCUCGACGACCGGCGUCGCACCGCACUCCGAAAAUUUCCCUCGCGAAAAGCGACGCGCGCGCCGAGGCCGACGCGCUCCGAAAACGCGUCGCCGCGUCAUCAGACAUGGAGGCCGCGCUGGCCGACGAAGCCUCGAAACGCUCGGACUGCCCCUCAUCAACCAAUGGGGGCCGGCUCAAGCCCUUCCAGCGCGGGGAUUUAGAACGCGCUUUUGAAGCCGCCGCGUUCCGGCUGGCCGUCGGCGAGCUGUCUCCAGUAAUAGAGACGGCGGCGGGGUUCCACGUCGUGCUGCGUAAGUCCUGAUGUAGUC